UUUGCUCAUUUUCAUUCAUUUAUUUGCUUUUUGAAUUAAAAAAUGACUGAAGUUGCUUAUAGUAGUGAUGAACUUAAUCCUCCAAAGUGGCUUAAUUCUGAAUUUUUUACUGCUGCACUUCGAAAAUUCACCAAAAAUGAAACUUUAGAAGUCACAAAGGUCGAAUUGCGUCCCGGAACGAAGGCUGGAGAGCAUUACACGAGCAUUAUGUUCAAAGCAAAAGUUUUUUAUGACUCAAAAAAUGUAUCUGAGAACUCAAUGGACUUAAUUUUGAAGACAAUUCCCGUUGAAGAAGGGCACAAAAUGGAUUUACUCAAAGAAUCGACGGUUUUCAAGACGGAAAUGAGGAUUUACGGUGAAGUAUUGCCCGAAAUGCAAAAAUUACUCAAACAAAUUGACGAUGAAACGAUAAUAGCUCCAACGCUCGUGUAUCAAAGUAACGAUCCAGCACCCGUAAUUGUCUUUAUCGAUGAAGGUCCAAAGGGUUUUAAGCCUUACGAGAAGCCUUUUACAUUCGAGCAAGUUCAAGUUUUGAUCGAAAGAAUUGCCAAAUUUCACGCUUGUAGUUUUUUCUUGCAGAAAAUUGGAAAACUUUCAAAUUUCGAUGAUUGUCCAUUCACGAAAGCUGAAGGAAAAGUCGAUCUUUUGUCACUUUUUUAUCGAGAUUGUGUCUUUGAUGCUCUAAAAACUGUUAAAAAAUGGAAGGAAUGCGAGUCAUAUAAGGAUAUUUUGGAAAAAAUUACACAAAUUUUCGAUGAACGCUUAGAGGAAAUUUUUCAAGACAAGUCUAAACAACCGUAUCAAGUACUUUUGCACGGGGAUUUUCAAUUUAAAAACAUGAUUUCACGAAAUGGAGGCCUCAGGAGUGAAGAUUUCUUAUUGCUGGAUUAUCAAUAUUGUUAUUGGAACUCACCUGCGAUCGACGUAAUUUCUCUCCUUUGUUGCUGUUGCGAUGCAAAUACCCGAAAAAAUCAUCGGGAAGAAGUAAUUCGAAAAUAUUUUAAAAUUUUUAAUGAAACUUUGGUUAAAUUGGAUUACAAAGAAGCUCUUCCAAGGUUGUUGGAUCUGCAAUUGGAGAUGAUUCGUUGUGGCAUGGUCGAAUUUAUGUUUUUCAUGUCGUUCACGCCUUUUCAACUUAUCGAUUUUUCAAAGUUGGACCUCAAUAAAUUGAUGGAAACGAGAGAUUUUCAUGGCGCGACAAAAGAAGUUUUUGAGACAGAAGGUUUUAAGGAAGAUUUACUAAAGCGACUUGAGUUUUUGGUUGAUAUGGGAGCUCUUGAAUGAUUUUUUUUAAAUAUAAGAUUUUAUGAGAAAAUUACUCAAAAAUUUUCAUUUUUAAUUUUGUUGUCCUUGAGAUCUAAUUUUUUUUUUUUUUGAA